AUGGCUGGUGCUGCAAAGUUCAGUUUUUCCGUGAGGAGCAUCCUGGAUUUGCCUGAGCAUGACGCCGAGACAGUGCAGCCCUCCCCCGGUAACUCCUGCUCCAGCUCCCCUUACUCCUCCUGGAUGGACAGCGACCGGAGCCUUUGUCUCUGUAAGUCCCCCUGGUUGACACGUGAGCAUAGAAACAGAUAACCACUUCAUAUUAUCCAUAUAAACACAUAACACAUACUAGCUCUGACUUUGCUGAUAACUAUUUUAUUGAGGAAAAUUGUACUUACUAUGACUGUGAUGUGUGAUUGUCCCACCUAGCUAUCUUAAGAUGAAUGCACUAAAUGUAACUCGCUGUGGAUAAGAGCUUUUGCUAAAUGACUAAAAUGUACAAAUGUAAAUAUGGGUCUUGCCUAAAUUGACACAACUUCAUAUCAUCCAUUACUGCGAUUUCCAACAUGGCUGUUUUAUGAACUCCAAUUGGUAUCCAAUUAACGAGUAAUUGUUGGAUACAUUUUAUAAGGAGACUUGUAGUCUAAUUCUAGUCUAUUGAAUCCUUCUGUUAUUUAAAAAUCUCUAUAUUCUGGUAUUUCUGGUGAUAUUGUAUACCGUGAGUUGUUUAUAUGGUUUAUUGAUCAGUGUAAUAACAAAAUGUUUAAUUCCUCAGCUUCAGAUGAGGGCAGCCUGGAGACCGCUCCAGACUCUACCAAGUCAGAUGAGUCUUCUCCGGACUCUGAGGCCGAGAAGAAGAAGAAGUGCCGCGUGCUCUUCUCCAAGGCCCAGACCUUCGAGCUCGAGAGGCGUUUCCGUCAGCAGCGCUAUCUGUCAGCACCAGAGCGCGAGCAGCUUGCCCAUCUCCUCGGCCUGACGCCGACGCAGAUUAAGAUCUGGUUCCAGAACCACCGGUACAAAAUGAAGAGGUCACGAGCAGAGGGAGCGUCACAAGACAUAAUCCAACCGCAUAUGUUGCGCAGAGUAGUGGUACCCAUCCUAGUUCGGGAUGGCAAGCCUUAUCAGGCCUGUUUCAUUGACACGGAGAAAGGAGGCUGUCUUGGACCGACCACAUCCCCGAGUACACCCUUCAGUUUUGGGUACCAGUCUUUCCAGCAUCCGUCGCCGUUCGCUCUACCUCAACAAUACAAGCACCUUGCCAGCCCGGCUGCGUCCAGACACACCUUUGCUUGGAGAGACUUUCUGAACGAUUCAGCUCAAUUCAAUUAUUUUAAGUGA